AUGGCUUCUUUAACGCCAAAUGUUUCUAUUAUCCUCCUAAAGUUACCUAAAGAAAUACAAAACGCUAUCUAUGAUUUUUUGGAAAGCGAUGACAUCAAGAACCUACGCUUGACAUGCUCGGCGAUAGCAAAGCUUAUCCCUCUAAGUUUCGACCGUGUUUUCAUCUCAGCCAACUCUUUCAACCUUAAGGUUUUCCACGCAAUUGCAGACCACAAUACUCUUCGGUAUCAAGUUUCUGAGAUUGUAUGGGAUGAUGCGCGCCUACGCAGUGGACCAGAGCUGGAAGAAGAGCGAGAGAAUUAUCGACAUGAUGGCGACCGUGCAGUAACUGAAAAUGCGUGCCCGCUCUGGUUUAAAAUGGGCACCCACUAUCACUAUCAAGACCGUGGAGACUUCCCUUCUGAUUAUGGGUUUCCUGAUGAUCUCUUGAGCCUGGAUGAGUCUUGGGCUUACUAUAAAACACUACUAGAAGACCAGCGCCAGGUUAUCGCAUCCAAUGCCGAUAUUGAAGCUUUCAAGCGUGGCCUGCGACGUUUUCCCUCCUUGAAACGAGUCACCGUCACACCUGCGACUCAUGGACGCUUAGGAAAGCCACUCUACAGGACACCCAUGAUCAGAGCAUUUCCUCGCGGCUUUGAUUACCCUUUACCUGAAGCAUGGCCUUGCUAUAAACGAUCAAUGCCGAUUGAUGCGCUUCCAUGGAUGUCUCAGGAGGAUCUCCCCUAUCAGCAGACUUAUGGUCGAGAAUGUACUGCUGAGGCUUACAGAGCCAGAUGGCGAGGGUAUCGGAUGGUGCUGCGAGGAUUGGUUGAGUACGGCAAUCAUCAUGUCACAGAACUUAAGAUCGGAGGCAAUGAAAUUCAGUCUGGGCUAAACUGUCGUGUAUUCGACCAAAGGUGUGUCGAGUAUGACGAUCUAGUUGCCUUACUAAAGCGCCCUGGGUUUCGAUACCUAAGCCUUGAUCUUUUCACAGGCCUUCUUGAGCAUUGGGACUGGGACUCAUAUAAAAGCGGACUUUUGCACGAUGCAUUAGCUGAAGCAAAGGAUAUCCAGCACAUAAGUAUAUGCAGUACUACAGAUACUGCCGAAGGGUAUCCCCAGCAACUUCAACCAGAUGAAAUAGAGGAAAAUCUAGUUCCACUCCAAACGAUCUUUCCGAUCGAUCACUGGCCAAACCUUCGACAUUUUGGUAUAUCUCAUAUGCUGGUACAGCUCGAUGACUUGAUACACCUUCUUGCAGCUUUACCACGAUCGCCACGAUCCGUCGAGCUUAGGCACUUGGCUUGGGGAGAUGAUCACGGCUACGAUGACCUCAUUCGUCAAAUGCGCGAUGCUCUCGACUGGCGCUCGAGACCAACAGAAGAGAGACCUACUGUACACUUGGUAGCUUCUGCCUCCGGCAGUAUAGGGCAGGGAAGGUUUGUUGAGGUCGAUGAGGCAGUCUCUUCAUUUUUGUAUGGGGAGGGAAUCAAUCCUUUCCAGGAUAAUCCACAGACUAUUGAACCUGGAUAUGGGGGCGUCAUGCGGGAUAUGUUUGACCUCAAGCUCAAGACUCCCUUCUAG